CGGCGUGUCAGUAUAAGGGUGGGUGUGGGUAUUUUGCACACGCUUGUUUUUGUUUAUCCUUGUCCUCUCGGCCCCGUCACGUGCUCUGUGUUGCAUUGUGUUUUCUGUGGGAGGGGAGUGGGGGAGCUGCCUGUGUCCGUGAUCAAUGUUGUGACUUCCUUCUUGCGCUGUAGCAGCAUUGGAAACACAGCUGAAGGAAACCGAUUGCUGCUAGUUUCAAAUUGGCUGGGAAGGAACAAUACACAACCCCACACACACACACACACACUGGAUUCCGUGUCGCUUCUCUUUGAGAGGGGGGGAAGAUGAGCUCGGGGGACGUUGUUUGCACUGGCUGGCUCAUCAAAUCACCCCCCGAGAAGAAACUGAAGAGAUAUGCAUGGCGGAAGCGCUGGUUUGUGCUCCGCAGGGGCCGCAUGAGUGGGAACCCAGAUGUUCUGGAGUACUACAGAAACAACCAUUCAAAGAAACCCAUUCGGAUCAUAGACCUUAACGAAUGUGAAGUGCUGAAGCAUUCAGGGUCCAACUUCAUCAAGAAAGAAUUCCAGAAUAACUUUGUCUUCAUUGUGAAAACCACCUACCGCUCCUUUUACUUGGUGGCGAAAACGGAGGAGGAAAUGCAGAUAUGGGUGCACAACAUCAGCCAGAUCUGCAACUUUGGACACUUGGAAGAUGGCACAGAUUCUGUGGAGAGCCUGCCUCACACCACCUCAUCCCUCCAGCCCUCGCCAGCCGUCUCCACUCAUACCUCAAGGAUCACAGACCCCUCCUCCUCUGUAGGCAGUGCCACCACAGACGCCUCUGCUUCCGAAGAGACCAGGAGUGAGUCAGAGUCAGUCUUCCUCCCCGAUUACCUCUUCCUAUCAAACUGCGAGACGGGCAAGUUCAAUCAUAUCAGAUGUGACAGCUGGUCGAAUUCUGACAGAUCCCUGGAGCAGACCUCAUCAGAUGAUGUUUUCGUUGAUGCCUUGCAGUCUCAACCCUCCCUUCACGUACAGUCAUCCAGCAAUGGCAUUGUGCACCAGGAUGGGGGCCAGCCAGCGAAUCAUGGGAUUAUACCCAGAAGCAUAGACUUUAGCGGGCCGUUCAGUGAUGUCCCCUCCUCCUCUCCACUCUUAGGGCCUCCUUUAACACCAACCAUUCAGAUUGACAAAAGCCAGACUGCGCUGCCCUAUGGCGUAACCGAACUGGAUAUUUUAUCUAACACCCCACCACCCCGGCCACCCAAACCAACCCAUUUCUCAGACCGGAGCGGGGAGGAGCUAUCCAACGGGGCUCUUCAGAAUGGACACGGUGGGAUCUGUGGGACUCAGAUUGCCUUGGUGCCGAGAAGAAUCUCCUUGUCCAGUUUGGAUAAUAUGCGGCACUGGAAAGCCAGCAUGGAAGGAAGCUCUCUCAGAAGUCGAGAUAAGAGGCUUAGUUUGAAUUUGCCAUGUCGAUUCACUCCGCUCUACUCUUCAGCAUCAGACAAUACGGAGGACAGCUAUGUACCCAUGCACCCCAGCACCUCUCCACCCAUCCCAGGAUCAGAUUGCUCACCCGAUGGCUACACUCCCAUGAGCCCAAGCUCAGCAACCUUUACCUUUCCUGUAAUCACCAAUGACAAACUCUCCAGCCCACUGCCGGAACUUCGCACAGACCUGGAACCACCUCCAGUGAAUCGAGAUCUCAAGCCCCGUAGGAAAUCACGACCCCCUCCGCUGGAUCUGAGAAACCUCUCCACAAUCCGGGAACACGCUACCUUGACCAGAAUGUGGACUGUGCCUUACAAUCGAACGAGCUUUAUCUCUCCAGAUAAAGACGGUAUUAAUUCAGCAAGAAUAUUUGGCAAUUCAGUUUCCGGAGAAGAGGAAGAAAGUUACAUUCAAAUGGAGCACAGCCAGGCAACAUCUCCAUGCAGUGGUGCUUUCCCAUGGUCAAAGAAGUCCAACCUUGAUUACUUAGCAUUGGAUUUUAAUUCCGCUUCCCCAUCCCCUGUACAGAAGGUAAGAAUCAUUUAUGCAAAUACCACCCUUUUUUGUACAUCCUGGUGUCUUUCUCUGAUGGAGGCAAACAGACAGAGAUUCUCACUUCUGGGUAGUCUCAACAGAAUGAAAUCUGUCAUGCUCUUCCAGCUGAUUGCAUUCAUAACAGGCUCAACAUGAACAUACUGGUAACGUGAUAAAACCACAAUUAAAGUUAUUACAGUGGUGCCAGUAUCAUGCUGAUAUGGAAUCAUAUUAGGCAUAAUGGCUCCACUGGAAUAUACAGUAGUAAGAAUAUAUGGGCAAAUUUGUUGGUGCUUGCAGGAAUUCUGCAAGCUCUUUUUUCAUUCUCAAAAGAGGCACGGUUUCCCACAAAACUUUCCUGCUAAUUUUCCCACAAAUCCUAUCUGCAGUAACUUUCUGUGAGAUGAGUAUGACUGACAGCAGGGUCACAGGAAGACAUUAUAGGAGAUCUUGUAACACGGCAAAAAUAUGUAAUAAUAUUAUUUAUGUCAUUGCAGAAGUGCCUUAGAUUCUUUAGACACAGCCAAAAGAUAAGGUCUCUGCUGCUCCAAAGAACUAACCAUUUAAAUAGACAAUGACGGACAAAGAAGGAAUACAAUGAAAGCAAAUAAAUUUACUGUGAAGUGUAGAGACUAUCCUGAUAGAUUGCUGAGUUUUUGUUUUACAUCAUUUCAAUCAUCAGUUUUGCUCAUAUAUCUUUGAGGGGAUUGACUGGAUGCUUUCUAGGCCUCCUUUAAUUUAAACCCUCCUAUGGUUAAAAUUCACGCAGGUCAUCAGUAUAGCAGGAUCUUACUAAAGGCAAGAGAAUAAUGAUCCUUGCUCUGGGAUGGAGUUAGCCCGUACAGAGUGUUUCCAUAUCUCACUAUGCUGGGCAGGGUGACACAGUGACAGAUGGAUAAUUCUGUCUAAAGCGGACUGCAAAGCAAUGCUCUUGUCAGCUGAUGUCACUUCAAGGUGAAACAAAAUGACCAGGAAAAAAAGAAAAGGAAGAAUAGAAAACAAAACCAGUUUUACUAGCAUCCAUGUUCUCUCUAAUAUA